UUUCAAUCUUGGCACCUGCCAAUGCCAAAAUACCAAGGAAGGAGAAAAAGUUUAAUUAAUCAGUGAUCACUCAGUGACCUAGUGUAAAAAUGUUGAGAUCUGCGAUUUUAGUAGAAAACGUCUUUAAAAACGGUUCCAAGGUACUUGGACCCGUUUCGAACGGACGAUGGCAACCACAGCAGCAACAAACCAGAAAUCUAAAUGUCCAUGAACACAUCAGCUACACUCUGCUAAAAGAUGCUGGUAUUACAGUUCCAAAUUUCGGCGUAGCCAAAACUAAACAGGAAGCCAGACAAAUCGCAGAAAAACUCAACACCAAAGAGCUAGUAUUAAAGGCCCAAGUAUUAGCAGGAGGCCGAGGCAAGGGUAGCUUUAAAAAUGGACUUAAGGGUGGAGUCAGAAUGGUGUACAGCCCUGAAGAAGCUGAAGAGAUCAGUGGUAAGAUGCUGGGACAGUAUUUAGUAACCAAACAAACUGGAGAAAAAGGUAGAAUAUGCAAUGCAGUCAUGGUAGCAGAGAGGAAGUUUCCAAGAAAAGAGUUUUAUUUUGCAGUCAUGAUGGAGCGUGCCUUUAAUGGUCCAGUUAUCAUAGCCUCUUCUCAAGGAGGUGUAAACAUCGAAGAAGUAGCCGCAGAAAACCCAGACGCUAUCCUCUACGAACCCAUUGACGUCGUGAAAGGCCUAACUAAAGAACAAGCCGAAAAAGUAGCAGUAAAAGUCGGCCUUGAAUCUCAGAAACAAAAAACUGCUGAUAUGCUUCUGAGAAUGUACGAUCUUUUUACCAAGAAAGAUGCACUUCUAAUCGAGAUCAAUCCAUAUGCCGAGGAUGCUGGUGAAAAAUAUUUCUCUCUGGACGCAAAAUUCCGAUUUGACGACAACGCCCAAUUCCGCCAAAAGGACCUAUUCGCCCUCCGCGAUUGGACCCAAGAAGACGAGAAGGAAGUAGCCGCUGCCAAGUUCGAUUUGAACUACAUCGCUUUGGACGGCAACAUUGGAUGCAUGGUCAACGGCGCGGGUCUCGCCAUGGCCACCAUGGACAUCAUUUCACUUCACGGCGGUUCCCCCGCCAACUUCUUGGACGUCGGAGGUGGCGCCACCGCUCAAGCUGUAAAGGAAGCUUUCAAAAUCAUCACGGCGGAUCCUAAAGUGCAUGCUAUACUCGUUAAUAUUUUUGGAGGUAUCAUGAGAUGUGACGUCAUAGCCGAAGGUAUCAUAGCCGCCGCCAAGGAAUUGAGCCUCAAAAUGCCCAUCAUCUGCCGACUUCAAGGAACCAACGUCGACGACGCUAAAGUAUUAAUAGCCGCCUCCGGGCUCAAAAUCCUUCCGGUCGACAACUUGGACGAAGCCGCCAGACUGGCGGUUAAACUGUCAAAUAUCGUUAGCUUGGCGAGGGAUGCCAAAUUGGACAUUAAUUUCGAAAUGCCCCUGUAAAUUCAUUUUAAAUCAAUUUUAUUUAUAUUAAUACCCCAGAAAGGGAUAUAUCGACAAAGGUUUUAGGUAUAUUUUGCCAAAAAGGCGACGUGAGCAUGAUGAU